AUGGACGUCAAGCUGGCUUGUAAGCCUCAUCUGGUUGGACAGGUGUUUGAUCUCCACCGUGAUACGAUCAUGGUUCCUGCCCGUGGUGCUGCUAUUUCGGCUCACAUGGUGAUCGGAAAAUUAAGUGCGGUGCAUGGCUUGACGCAUCACCCGUGGCCGAGCUUCAAAAUCCAGAUGCGAUACGGGGUGAAGAUGAACAAGUGA